AUGGUCUCGAUACCAACUGAUGAUGAGUUAGACACACUUGUAUUAAAUCAUCUGGAAAAUUUGUCAACUAUUAUUGAACUAAAUCACCAUUUGGAUGAUUGUUUGAGUGAAGGAAGACUUUUAUUGGCCAAAACCCGACAUAAUCUUCGAGGAAACAGUUGUUCGAUCUCUUCAACCUCUUAUAAUUUGAACGAAAUGUCUACUCGUGGUGCAUCCUUCCGUACUGCAGUUAUUGAAGAGCCUAUUGAGCCUACUUAUGAUAAGGAUUUCAAAGCCGUUCGUUUUCAACUAAUUGAUGAAUUAGCAGGCAGUAAGCUUGAUCCAAAUCCUUCAGUAGAUCCAAUUCGAUGGUUUUCCGGAGUACUUGUUCCUGCUAGUUUACGCCGUGCGCAAUCUUGUUUCCGACGUGCUGUCAAUUUGUCCUUGGAACUUGCUAGUCGGCGUUCAAAACUAGAGGCUUCUUCUCAACAAAUAAAACAUUUAAUUAAACUACGCAUGAAAAGUGAACCGACGAUGGAAUGA